AUGAAUGCUGUAUUUUUUGGGGGGGGGGGGAGGAGGGGACUUGCAUGUAAUUUUAAUUGUUUAAAAAACUUUUUUUUUUUUUUUUUUUUUGUUUCUACAGCUGCCAGUCUUGCUUUAGCGCUUAAUGGUGUAUUCACCAAUACAAUAAAACUCAUAGUGGGAAGGCCGCGUCCCGACUUUCUGCAACGCUGUUUUCCAGAUGGGAGAGAAUCGCCAGGACUGGAAUGUACAGGUGAUCCGGAAGUGGUGACUGAAGGGCGAAAGAGCUUUCCCAGUGGCCACUCCUCCUUUGCAUUUGCAGGGCUGGGCUUCACAGCUCUUUAUAUUGCCGGGAAGCUGGGAAGUUUUUCCUCCACUGGUCGUGGACAUUCCUGGCGGCUGUGCACCUUCUUGUUCCCGCUGCUGUGUGCUAUCGCUAUUGCAUUGUCCCGCACAUGUGACUACAAGCACCACUGGCAGGAUGUGGUGGUUGGAGCUCUCAUUGGACUCUUCUUUGCCUACCUGUGCUACAGACAAUAUUACCCCCCAUUGACAGACAAAGAAUGUCAGCAGCCAUAUCGGACCAAGGGUCGAGUGUCCGGAGCGCAGGAGAGGAAGCUGAGCACCGCAGGGUACAGCCUGGAUGUAUAG